CAUUUUUUUCCAUCUCUACAAGCGGGUUUGUAAAGUUUGCAUUAGUACGACGCGGAGGUCGGUAGAAAUCACGCGACGAAAAAAGAAAGAAUUAGUUGGACAAGCCAUUGUUAUACAAGCUGCAAACGCCACGAAUCCCGAGCUUGCUAGGCUCGGGGAGGGGGGGCUUUCACGAAGAACGGGGGCAACAAGCUAGCGACAUAGCCGUUUAGCCAGACAAAAUCAGCUAACGUUAGCUAAUCCCUUCGCUAGCUAACGAAUCCCAACGUGGGAGUGCUAGUGGUCUGAAGCGGAGCAAACACCUCCAUCUGCGGAUCAGGCUCAGGCUGGUGAGUCAGUGGGCGUGUUUUGUUCGUGUCUCUUGCGUGCUGUUAGCGAGCAAGCUGGCUAACUAACUUCUUGGCAUAAAAUGUCCGCGAUUUACUAGCGAGCUGUUGGGUUAUUUUGCCAACAAGCGAAGGAGGGAGCGAUUGGUGUUUACCAGGAAAGUUAUUUUUCAGAUAGCAGUCAGCGCAGAUCUUGGCAAGUUACACAACGUGGAAAACUUCGUAGCUGCUGCACACCUUUUGAGUCGCGGGCAAGACGGCUACUCCUUUUCCACCGGGUCUAAACGACGGGCAUGAAACAGUAUAAGUGAUGGAGAUGGCUGUGAGUACCUCUACACAGGCGUUGGACGAGUUUGACAGGAAUGUCCCUCGGAUAUGCGGCGUGUGUGGCGACAAGGCCACCGGAUUCCACUUCAAUGCCAUGACCUGUGAAGGGUGCAAGGGCUUCUUCAGGCGUAGCAUGAAACGCAAGGCCACUUUCACCUGUCCUUUUAACGGGAGCUGCAACAUCACCAAGGACAACCGUCGCCACUGCCAAGCCUGUCGCCUGAAGCGCUGCGUGGAGAUUGGCAUGAUGAAAGAGUUCAUCCUGACGGACGAGGAAGUCCAGCGCAAGAAGGACCUGAUCCAGCGGCGUAAGGAGGAGGAGGCAAUCCGCGAGGCCCAGCGCCCCCGACUGACGGACGAGCAGCAGAACCUCAUCUCCUCGCUGGUGGAGGCGCACCACAAGACCUACGACGACUCCUACACUGACUUUGCGCGUUUCAGGCCUCCAGUGAGAGAAGGGCCAGUGACACGUAGUGCCAGUCGAGCAGCUUCCCUCCACUCGCUGUCAGAUGCCUCUUCAGACUCUUUCAGCCACUCCCCAGAGUCUGGGGACAGCAAGGUGAACCUAAGUAACCUGCUGAUGAUGUACCAGGAGCAGGGCUCCAGCCCUGACUCCGCCGAGGACGACAGCUCCCGCCUCUCCAUGCUGCCUCACCUGGCCGACCUGGUCAGCUACAGCAUCCAGAAGGUCAUCGGCUUUGCUAAGAUGAUUCCUGGCUUCAGAGACCUUACAGCAGAGGACCAGAUCGCCCUGCUGAAGUCCAGUGCCAUCGAGGUGAUUAUGCUGAGGUCCAACCAGUCCUUCAGCCUGGAGGACAUGUCCUGGAGCUGCGGGGCGCCUGACUUCAAGUACUGUGUGAACGAUGUGACCAAAGCUGGACACACUCUUGAGUUGCUGGAGCCACUGGUAAAGUUUCAGGUGGGGCUUAAGAAGCUCAAUCUCCAUGAGGAGGAGCAUGUGCUGCUAAUGGCCAUCUGCUUGUUGUCUCCUGACCGUCCAGGAGUGCAGGACCACGCGCGCGUGGAGACCCUGCAGGACAGCCUGUGCGAGGUGCUGCAGGCCUACAUCCGCGUCAACCACCCCGGCGGGCGCCUGCUCUACGCCAAGAUGAUCCAGAAGCUGGCGGACCUGCGCAGCCUCAACGAGGAGCACUCCAAGCAGUACCGCCUGCUCUCCUUCCAGCCGGAGCACAGCAUGCAGCUCACCCCGCUCGUCCUGGAGGUCUUCGGCGGACAGGUCACCUAGCAACCUUGUCGUCAGGGCAGCAGCCAAAGGUCGUGGAGAGGGGUGUU